AAUCGUUGCAGGAUCCGGAGUACGCCCGAGGACCUCAGGAACCAUGCCGAAGCCACACAGCGAAGCAGGUACUGCCUUCAUUCAAACCCAGCAGCUGCAUGCAGCCAUGGCUGACACCUUCUUGGAACAUUUGUGCCGCCUGGACAUUGACUCCGCACCCAUCACGGCCCGCAACACUGGCAUCAUUUGUACCAUUGGUCCUGCUUCCCGGUCUGUGGAGAUGCUGAAGGAGAUGAUCAAGUCAGGAAUGAAUGUGGCUCGUCUCAAUUUCUCUCAUGGAACUCAUGAGUACCAUGCGGAAACUAUCAAGAACGUGUGUGCAGCCACAGAAAGCUUCGCCUCAGAUCCCAUUCUUUACCGGCCUGUUGCUGUGGCUCUGGACACAAAGGGGCCUGAGAUCCGGACUGGACUCAUCAAAGGCAGCAGCACUGCAGAAGUUGAGCUGAAGAAGGGAGCUACCCUGAAGAUCACCCUGGACAAUGCCUACAUGGAGAAGUGUGACGAGAACACCCUGUGGCUGGACUAUAAGAACAUCUGCAAGGUGGUGGAAGUGGGCAGCAAGAUCUAUGUGGAUGAUGGGCUCAUUUCACUGCAGGUGAAGGAGAAAGGCGCUGACUUCCAGGUGACAGAGGUGGAGAAUGGUGGUUCCUUGGGCAGAAAGAAGGGGGUGAACCUCCCUGGAGCCGCUGUGGACCUCCCUGCUGUGUACUCAUAA